AUGCGAGACACUAGAACCAGUGGCUUGAACCCCGACACGCAUAGGGUUAAACCAAGAGGGAGAGGAAGAAAAGGAGGCACAAAGGCUCUACCAGAGGAAGAGGUAGUAAGGAAGGAGCGGGAGAAAAAGAGGAAGAGGGUGGAGGCAAAGAAGCAGAGGGAAGAAAGAGAGAAAGUGAGGAAGGCGGAGGAGGAGAGAGCGGAAAAAGAAAGACAACAGGAAAGAGCAAGAAAGGAGGAAGAAGAGAGAAUUAGAAAAGAAGAAGCCAAGCGGGACUUGGGACUUUUCUCAAGUUCUGAAGACGAGCAAGAGCAAGAGCGUCAAGAUGUUGCUGGAUCAAAUGCAGCAAAUGACGGUGAAGACGCUCUUGAUGAUGAUGUUUCUAGGUCUAAUGCAGCAAAUGAUGGGGAAGACGCCCUUUAUGAUGAUGUUGGCGUAGUUGUUGAAUUUGAAGAGAAUGAAGAGGACGAUGAGGCAGAAGGGGAAGUAGCUGCUUUGGCUCAGGAAGAGCCAGAGCAGCCUAGGACCGUGAAUAAGCACAUAUAUUUCCCAAGCUCAACUCCCAGUUCAAGCACAUCAUCUGACUCUGUUGGUCAAGAAAUAGAAGUCAUUGAACAAGAGGUAGCUCACUUCACAUCUGACUUCAACAGCACAGCAAAACAGGGGGCCACCAACAUGCGACAUUCGUUGACCGCUUUCGAAUACAACACAAAUAUGGAGAUCCAGAAGGCCACAACGGCAGCCUCAGAGAUUGUUAAGAUUUUUGAUGCAAAGAUCAAGGCCAUGCCUCCGACUAACGUGUAG